UGCAUUAACGCACGUUAGUCUAUUGUAGAGUCUAUGUUAAGGUUGACGUAACCCCCACCCUCCUCCUCCUCCUCCUUCUUCCCAUCUUCUCUCGGUCUGGUUUAGUAUGCUGGGGAUCGCAGCCAGAGGACGUGAGGUCUGGCUGUUUCACCGGGAGCCAGACAACAUAUGACGCCCCGCUCCAUGUGACUUUACUGGAGAAAUCGCGUUCGCUCGUUUUGAUGGAAAUUGUGCAAUUUUUUUUUUUUUAGACAGCGACACUGUUGCCCGUCCUUGUGUCUCCAGACGCACCAGUGUGGCUCAUUUAGCCGUGAUGACAUCAUGAUGAGGACUGGGGACACUGGUCUUUAAUCUCGAAACAAGCCCUCAGAUCCAGUCACUGUACAGACAGACUACAAUUGUUUGACAGGCAACUAGAUGUUUGAUUGGUUAGCAGUAAUCGCCUUGCAGUAGCACGCUCAGCGUACUGUGAGGUUUGAUCUUGUUUACAAAGAUAGCUAAAAACACUGCUGAGCGGGGAAGGCAAGCCUCAUGAGUCGGCCUCGUAGAUUGCAUCGACAUAAUGGAUUUAACUAAAAUGGGUAUGAUCCAGCUCCAGAACCCCAACCACCCCACUGCCCUGCUGCAGAAGGCUAACCAGAUGCGUCUGGCUGGGACUCUGUGUGACGUGGUCAUCAUGGUAGACAGCCAGGAGUUCCACGCUCACCGGACUGUGCUAGCCUGCACAAGCAAAAUGUUUGAGAUCCUCUUCCACCGCAGCAGCCAGCAUUACACCCUGGACUUUCUUUCACCAAAGACUUUUCAGCAGAUUUUGGAGUAUGCUUACACUGCCACGCUCCAGGCCAAGGUGGAGGACUUAGAUGACCUUCUGUAUGCAGCAGAGAUCCUGGAGAUUGAAUACUUAGAAGAGCAAUGCCUCAAGAUCCUGGAAACCAUCCAGUCCUCAGAUGAGAACGAUGUGGAGGUCAAUGUUAAUGAUGGGGGCACAGAAGAGGAUGAUGAGCGCAAAGGCCACAAUGGAGCCAAGAACUCCAAAAAGAAUUCCAUGGAGAGUGCUUAUCUGUCAGGUACUCAGCAACUCUCUGUCAUGGGUGGCAUGGUGGACCAGAGUCCCUCUGUUUCCACCUCUUUCAGUGUCUCUACCCUGAGUCCCACCAAAGCUGCUGUGGAUAGCCUGAUGAGCAUCGGCCAGUCUCUGCUCCAGCAGGGUUUUGGUGGUGAACAACUUGUCCACGGCAACUCCCACCAACUGAUGACUGAGAUCAAGACAGAAAUGAUGCAAGUGGACAUGGGUGGCAACGGCCAUGAAAGCCCUCCAAACAUGGAGUCCAGUGCUUCCAGCAAUGGAGAGCGAAGCGGGGAGGACAGGAACCGAGACGGUCCAGGAACACCAACCAGGAGCAGCGUUAUCACCAGUGCCCGUGAGCUACAUUACGUCCGCGAUGAAGGCAUGGGCGACCCUCAAGCUGAAGUCAGUCAAAUGGGGCUGGAAGCAAUGGCAGGAAUGACGGAGAAACAUCUGGCCUCACUGUACUCCCUUCCUGUCAAUCAUAAAUCAGAUGCCAUCAUGUCCAUGCCGGUAUCCAUGGCCUCCACUCUCCCCAUGUCCCCAGCCCUGGCUAUGUCUAUGGACUUCAGUGCCUACGGGGGACUCCUGCCUCAGAGCUUCAUCCAGAGAGAAUUCUUCAGCAAGCUCGGAGAGCUGGCAGUGGGCAUGAAACCAGACAGCAGGAACCAGCAUGAACGUUGCAAUGUUUGCGGUGCAGAACUACCAGAUAACGAAGCUGUGGAGCAGCACAGGAAGAUGCACAGUGGUAUGAAGACCUACGGUUGUGAGCUGUGCGGGAAGAGCUUCCUGGACAGCCUCCGUCUACGGAUGCAUUUGCUGUCUCAUUCAGCUGGUGAGAAGGCCAUAGUUUGUGACCAGUGUGGUGCCCAGUUCCAGACAGAGGAAUCCCUGGAGGCUCACCGGCAGAUCCACACCGGUUCGGACAUGGCCAUCUUUUGCCUGCUUUGUGGGAAGCGUUUCCAGACCCAGACGGCAUUGCAGCAGCACAUGGAAGUCCACGCCGGCGUUCGCAGCUACAUUUGCAGUGAAUGCAACCGGACUUUCCCCAGCCAUACUGCACUCAAACGUCACCUACGCUCGCACACAGCAGGGGACCACCCAUACGAGUGCGAGUUCUGCGGGAGCUGCUUUCGAGAUGAGAGCACGCUGAAGGGCCACAAACGCAUCCACACUGGGGAGAAGCCCUAUGAAUGUAACGGCUGUGGGAAGAAGUUCAGCCUCAAGCACCAGCUGGAAACCCACUACCGUGUGCACACAGGUGAGAAGCCAUUCGAGUGCAAGCUGUGCCACCAGCGAUCCAGGGACUACUCGGCCAUGAUCAAGCACCUGCGCACCCACAACGGCGCCUCGCCCUACCAAUGCACCAUCUGCCUGGAGUACUGCCCCAGCCUGUCAGCCAUGCAGAAGCACAUGAAAGGCCACAAGCCCGAAGACAUCCCCCCAGACUGGCGCAUAGAGAAGACCUACCUGUACCUCUGCUAUGUCUGAGGCCGGGAGAGUGAAUGAAGAGAAGGGGAGGGUAUGUGUGAAGGUGGGGACGGGGGGUUGAGAGGUAAGGGGAAUGUAAUUGAGCGGAUAGGAGGUAUGAGGCUGUGGUGGAGUGUUGACGAUUGAGGAAUGUCAACGGCAACAGACUCGAAAGCAAGAGGGUAUGUUUUCUCUUUUUUCUUUUCAUGCAAAGGCGGCGAUGACCGAUGGGGGUAAAAGGGUGGUGAUGAUGGGACAAAAGUGCUAAGAAGAGCAAGACUUGGACAUGGAGAGAGAUUCUCCACCAUUGUUCGGAUUCACCGGGUCAUUCAUUACAUCUGCAACCGUGUUAUCGUUUCAGGUCAUUUCAUGCAGUGCCAUAAAGCGAGCUGCACAGAAGUGAUUUUUUUUUUUUUUUUUUUGGGGGGAUGCUGCUGCCACCGUGGAGCGAAAGCAGAUUCUCAAGGGCUAUCUGAACUUACACAUUCUUACUAUCACCAACUAAAUCUUUCACUCCAUUCUGAGUUUAUUGUAUUCCAAACAGGAGAAAGUUUUUUUUAUUCUACUUUAGUAUUGGUUUGUUUACAUUCACCCUGUUUGGUAAUACUAGUUUGGAUUACAUGAAGAAUAUGCGAGUAUCAGUUUAGUUAUUGACAAACUGCUGGCUUUCAGAAGCCAAAGUCCUUCUCCUUAUACAAAACUUUAUGUUAUGGUAGUUAUGAACCACAACAAAGCUAUCUUGGAGACAUACCUUCUAACCAUUCCACCAUGAUAUACCAACCAAAUUAAAGAAAGAAUGACCCGCUUUGGGUGAUCAAGCCCCUAAUUCUUUCCAGCCAUUAUGGGAAUUGUGUCUGUUUUGCCACCUCCCAUCAUUUCUGCUUGCACAGUAGUCACAGAUCCUUCCCAGUUUUCACUGAAAUAUCUAAGUAUAAUCUGGUGUACCAGGUCCCAAUGGUGGCAAUGAGAUAGCCCCUGAGAAUCAGCAGCAGAGCCGGUAAGAGUAUGCAGUAGAUGAAACAGUUAAACUGGAUGAAUUGGAGCACUAAAAUACUGCAAACGAAGCACCUGUUUGCUUGUGAGCGGGGGAAGGGGGCGCUAGUGCUGCUUCUUUUUUUCUUUUCUUUUUUUUGGUGUGUGUGUUGGAAGUCUCCCCAGUUUUCUCAGUAGUCUUCCUGGUUCUACAUCUCCGUCAGAUGAAGGCUGGAGAAAGUCGAGUCACCACUGGCCACCCACGGUUCUCCCCAGAGAGCCAAAGGCUAACCUGUGUCACUUUUUCAUUUUAUAUAUAUAUAUUUUUUGCUCUGCAUCAUAGUUUAUCAUAGCUUGAUUGCACAGGUAAAACAAAUUACGACAACAGUCUCUGUUUGAUUCCUGCAAGUUAUAUAUAUUUUCAUUACAUCAUAACUCUCUAUUACAGUACGCCACAUUAAACCCAGCCUACCCACAUACUCGGCAAUAGAUAACCGGACUGCUUUUAUCCAUGUACAUUAACCAGAUGACUCUCGUUCUCUCACACUAAUGAUGAACUACACAAACUGACACAUAAAACAGUAACACUUUUACCACAGCAGAUCUGUCCAUUCACCACAGGGAUGGAAAACAAAAUGGGGAAAAUGGUUAACCGCUGCUUUCCGUGGGAGUCCUGUGACUUUGACCGCUUGAUCGUAGUGAAUGUUGAAGAAGUGCUGGGAAUGCCUUAGCUGCACGCCUUUUAACAUUUGUUAAGGUGGUGUGGCAGGUUCAGGACUGUUAUAUGGCAUCAAAACAUGAAUGUGAAAGACUGUGAGCCAGGUUCGCACGCGGCUGUGUCAGAAUAUAUAGCUAAAUUAAUGCUGCCUUUCAGUGAAGGUCUGUAAACUACAAUUCCAACCUCGGAGGUUGUCACGACUCUCCGUGCCUUCCAGCGGUACAGUUCAGAUGAUUUUCUCCAUCCAUCAAACGCUGUUCUCCAUGCAGCAACUCAUACGUUAACCAGCUAUCUAGCGGCCGUAAAUGUUAUUUUACAUUUGAAAUGAGUACGUGUUCACGAUCAGGUGUUUUGAUUGACUGGAUCUGACAAAAGGGAUGCAACAGAUCACAUUUUGGAGUUGUGACAUGACCUUUAAAUUCAAAUUUUAGUGUAGGCAAGGCUGAAAUUACUAACUGGGCAAAGGGAGGGCCCAUGGCUCCAGUCACACCUGAAGCUCCUGAGGCCUCAUAUUCGCUGUGUGUCAGUAGAUUUUUGUUUGAGAAUAUGCACCACUGGAGUAGAAUAUCGAUUGAAAUAUGUAAGGUGGGUGCAGCGUUAUCUGGGGGUCUUUUCCUGUAGUUAUAUUACAGAUAUUAUGUUUUAAUGGUGCAUAUUCCUAAAUAUAUUUGCACUGAUUUAAAUUACCACUCUAGGCUUUAUGCUAAAUAUGAUUAAGAUGCCAUGUGUGCUUGUGUACACUAAUGCGUAAAGAGUGGAAGAAAAGAGGGUGAGUAGUGGCCCUCAGCUCAUUUAUUAAUUAAAAAAAAUUAAAAAUAGGCCCUCUUGUGGUUGGUUGUUAAAAUGUUGAAAGUUAUGCGUCGCAUUUACGGCGUGCUGCAAUGCUGACAUAACUGCAUCUUGUAAGAAAAAUCUGUGUACAGCUGUUUUGUUCAGCACGAGGUGAGAAUUUGAAACUUUCUGACAUCUCUGAAAUGCAGCAUUAAACCUGCAGCCACAGGUAUUAUGGUUUGAACCUAAGGCUUUAAUGAGCAUCACUGCAUGUCACAGCGUCACCGGGGGGGUGAUCACAUAUCCAAAUGGCCGGUGGAAAAGGGGGGAAAUCACUGAUGGGACGAGACACGGCCCAGCAGCUUAGGGGGCGACCAGUAAGACGACAGAAUAAAUCAACUCUCUCUCUCUCUCUGUGGUUUUGUCCCUGUGCUUAGUCUCUCUCGUCUCCUGUUGUUGUUGUUGUUCUUGUUGUUGUUGUUGUUGUUGUUGUUAUUGUUGUUGUUAUUAUUGACCUUGAGUUUGAUCUCAACACAUCGUACUUGAAUUACCUCGUUUUGUGACCUCAUGUUGCUUGUGUAUUUUAAUUUUCCCUUUUGUUUCAUUUGUACACUUUUUUUUUUGUGUGUGUGUUUGUUCAUGAGUGUAUGUUGAAAAGAUGCAUUGCACAACAUGAUGAAGCAAUGUGUACGCAGAAAAAUUAAGUGCCACGGUGAAGAGAUUUUUGUUUUUCUAAUGUUGUGUAUUUCUUUGUGCAUUACUUGUUACCAAACUUGGUAUUAUUAACCCCGCUUGUUAAUGAGCCGGAUGGUUUGGUCAUUUGUUAUAAAAGCUACCUCUAAGUUGUUGUUCAUUUUUUUUUGGCGAAAGCACAUUUUUUUUAUGUUUGUGUUUUGCAUUAUUUCAUCAUUGCUACUUCAUCUCAUGCUUCUUUUUUUUUUGUUUUGUUCUUUCAAAAGUUGAUUCAUGAUUGUCUGUGUUUUUAAGCGAAAUGUACAUAAAAGGGUAAGAGAUAACAAAAGUAGGUGUGAUAGGAUUUGAAAAGUCAUUCAAAUGGAUGUUUAUUCUUCUCUUAUAGUCUCCCCCUGCACCUCCAACCACAGACGAGCAGAGAAAAAAAAAAAAAAGCAAUUUUGAAGCCUUAAGUGAUGAGUAAAGAGGGAUGCGGCAGAUAAGAGGAAGUACUAUUGCUUUUUAAGAGGGUUUAAAAGCAAGAAUUUAAACUUGAAAACAUGUGAAUAGAAGUGUAGUUUUGUAAUGUGAAAAAAAAGAAGGUUCAUCAAAAAAAAAACAAAAAAAAAAAACGCUGAACCGCCCAGGACAGGUCAUAUUUGCAGUGAUGCAGAGUGCGUUGGACAAUUGGAACUGCAAGUGGUAAUCAAAAAAGAAAAACCAGAAGGUUAAAAAUAGAGAUUCUCUUGGCUGACAAGCUCUCUUGAGAAAUGAGCGUAUUCCUGAACAAGAGCCAACAGAGGCAAUUUGAUAUAUAAAAAUUGUGAUAUUUUUGUAUUCAGUGUCAGUCCUUUUUCCAUUUGUGGAGGGUUACAGCAGGGCACAAAUAUUUGUAUUUCUUUUUUUUUUUUUUACCUGUCUUUUUUUUCUCUCUGGGUGUGAAUCAUUUUUGCCUUGCUCCUCUUUGAUAUUGUUGGACAAAAAAAACAAAAAAACAUGUGUGUGAACAUAUUGUAAUAAUAAGUGUCGCUUUCUGGAUGUCAAUUGCAUUGUAGGUGAAGGACUAAAUCUAUCCGCCACAAAUUUUACGAGUGUGUGUAUGUGACAACGUUAAAAAAAAAAAAAAGAAAAAGAAAAAAAGGAAAAAAAAAGGAUGAUAAAAUACGGGACGGCAGGAGGACGCUGCCAAACCGACCAAUUAGUACUUGUCAUUCACAAUUUUUCAAUCAAACUUGACUGUCAACGUAUUUUUUGUUUUUGUUUUUGUAUUUGAAAAAAAAAAAAAAAGAAGAAGGGAUGGCACGUCCCAUGGUGUCUUGCCAUUUUAUUCUCAAACACUGUGAGCUGAGGGUCUUUUUCACCCUCAUAUAAUAUCCACCCACUAUAAUAUACCCAGUCACGGCUCAGUCUGAACCACCACAAUGCAAGAACUGAUCAGUCACAUUAUUCCUAUCAUUGUCCUCUGAAUGUUUUCUACUUUUUCGUGUGGGUGAAAGAGUGUGUACAAGAGUGUGUAACUGUGUGUGUGUGUGCGUAUGUGUGUGUGUGUGUGUGUGUAUUAGUGGAAAAAUGCACUAAUCAGAUCAGAUACAAAAUAAAAUAUUCUAUGCCACUUUUUUUCUCUAUGUUGGAAAAAAUAUAUAUAUACAUUGGCAUCGUUAUAGUUCUUCCCUCAGUGUUCCUCCAAUGUUUCUGUACUAUCUUUGUGCCUAAAAAUGGAAUUUGUUCAACAAAAAUAUCCAUCUAUAUCUGCUUAGUUUCUGUAUUUUCAGAAGAAAAUAAAAAUGGUGUCUCCAGCACCCUAGGGAUGUCAUGACGCUCGAAAAUGAUUUAUGAUAAUGAUAAAAAAAUUUUUUCAAAAAAUCCUGAAUAGAGCAGGGCUUCUUUUUCAAGGACUGCAAUAAACCCUAAGUUAAUGCUAUUGAAGUAGCAACUGGGAUUCUGCGUUCACUUCUUUUCUUAGGCCACACUCUGUGAUUGGCACCCAAAAAGCAUUUAUUUAGCGACACAAAAACAAAAGCAUAAGGAAAAUUUGCUGGAAUCCAGACAGGCUGCAGUGGCAAAACUUGCUUUCUGGUAAAAAAAAUAAAAUAAAAUAAAUUUUCUCCAUUAAAAUGUUUUUCUGCAAACAAACUAAACCCCAAAUCCGGUUCUCCACUCAGAUUGUCAAAUUUUUUUCCUCUCUUUUUUCAUCAGCAACGGGUUUGCUGAUGACAAACUUUAUAUUGCUCUUUGGAAAAAAAUAAAGAAAACCUCCAUUUGGGUAGGUUGGCACUAGGGGUAUCCCCCUUCUGCUUUGCUUCAGUUCUUU